AUGGCCCAGCAGCUUCGCGCUGAUGAGCAGGCGGGCCCCGGCUCGCAGCGAUCCGUCAGCAUGCCAAACGUGCUCGCGACCUCGAAUGCUCACCAGCGCCGCUACAACGAAAACACCGAGUCCUGGGUCGAGGUCGCGUCUCAGCCGUCGUCGUCGUCGCUCUCCAGCAUCGGCGAUGAGAUCGUGACAACGGGGCUGCGCGUCAGGGGCUCUGACAGCCGUGAUAACCGUCGCCGACGAGCGCCGGCACCCGCGAGAUCGGUGCCGCGUGUGCAGACAACGAUCCCCGUUACGGGGACAGGCAGCCAGGAUGAAUACGACGAGAGCGACAGCGAGGAAGAUCACGUCCUCUCCAGCUCGACAGAGAAUAUGCAGCCGUCGCCGGAGGAGGACAUGGAGGACUCUGACGGCGAGUCUGACGGAGACGCAGACACGGCGUUGGGACAAGCACACCAACCCAUCUUCCGGCCACAGCCAAAUGCCUUUUCGCAUCCUCCGUCACACCAGCGAAGCUAUUCGUCCAAUGCGACCAUGUCUCCGCAUCCUCAUAGGGAGUUUACCCGUCCGUCCUUUUCUCAGCGCUCGAAUACAAGAGUGCAGCGUGGCCCCAGCUUCAUGUCGCCAUCGGUCCGGGAAGACAACGACGCAGCUCUCCGUGCGUCUUUGACCACUCUCCUGUCGUGCGCUGCGGCGGCUAGAGGUUUGCCCAAAAGCAAGGAGGAAACGGAGGCGCAGAUGGCUGCACAAACCGGAGUUGGGCCCAGCAGUCAGCCUAUGGAGCUCCGGUUCGUUCCAGAAAAGGAGCUGGAGGAGGAGUCUGAGAAGCCCCGGGCAGCGGCGGCGACCCCAGUCAACAAGCUUGGACAGUCCUCUCCUGCUAGGUCAAGCUCGCAGACUCGUUCGUCUUCCGAAAAGGCCAAACGGGGUGUAUCAACUGGCCGAAACCCUCGGGCGACUAAGAAGAAGAGGACGGCAGCUGUUACCGCCGUUACCGAGGAGACGUUUAUUUCCCCAACCCUCCUCACUUGGGUCGUCAGUGCUGGUGUCGUCGUGCUCGUAUCCGUAGUUGGCUUUGGAGCCGGGUACGUUAUUGGGCGCGAGGUAGGGCGCCAGGAAGGCCUGGCUGCAAGUGUCCACAGCGUCAACGAGACUGCAUCCUCUGGCCGCGAUGUCCUUCGCUCAUCGGGGGGUGGUUUAAGACGAUUCAGAUGGGGCGAUGUCGGAAGAAGCAUUGUCGCCCAAGCGUAAAUUAAUGGUGACGAUCGAGACCGGCUACUCUUCGUAUUUGUUUUUUCUUUUUUUUUUUUUGCUAUUUUGAUAACGACCCCGAGAGAUGCAAAGAUACCUCGGACAUUUGGGACCACCAUGUCAGUCAAGCAUACAGAUACCACAUACACGAUAGUUUAUUGUUCAGCAGUUGGCUUUUCACACACAGGACGGCAGAUAGGGUACGGGCGUUUGACAAAGGGGGCCUGGGCAUGAGUUUGAGUUCUUAGUUUCACAGAUUGCGGACGGAAUGCUAUAGGCUGGGAGCGUUUGGUUUGCCAUGUUUUGGUUUGAUGGAUUUCCUUUUUCCUUGUCAGCUGUCUUCUCCCCUUUCAUUUUCUCAUUUUUCCAUCUUCAUUUUCGUUACUCGUUGUCAUGUGCGCAGAUAUGCAUCUAGGUAGUCAGUGUAUCUAUCUGGAUCUACCUCUAUGUAGCAGGUGAUGACUUAGAUUUAGCUGGAGCUGGGUCUAUACUUUGGCGCUCGCUACUGAUUGCGAUGAAUUCGGGCCUUGGCAGAUAGUCGCUUUUCUUCUUAACCUGGACGAUGCUCCAUUCAAUAUUAUCAAUCUCAGGAUUCUUACUUUGCUAUCUCCAAUGACCUGCCUUGACAAUCGACACAUGCAGCGUAGGGUAUGUGCUAAUGCAUCUCGCAACUGGGUCUGUGAUGCUGGCCAAUUGAUAGAGUCGCGUAUUGUUCGAUGCAGUGGAGGUUUCUGAGGUGGCAUCAGACCACGUCGUCUCCAUCAUUCCUCUUCUCUCUCUCUCAUGGGUACCUACUCUUCAAGUAUAGUAUCCGUAAAAGUGACAGCGAUCCAAUCGGAGACAUCUCAUGCACGUAUUUCAAAGCAUAUCAAAGCUACCAUCAACACGGUAGUAUUACAGAGGCAGUCUUGUCAACUUUGAGAGACGUAUUCGCAUUCGCCCCCGCUAGAUUACAGAUUGCAGCACAAGAGCUGGAGGCGCUGGCAGUAGCCCUUUGUGGCCACAAACGCAGCUAGUCUUUCCCAGAUCCGAAUACGCGGCUCCUCCACAGGGCGGUCUGGCUGCCAUAACCUGCGCGGCCAUUGGCUCGUCCGCCACAACUUCUGCCGUGGAGCCACGGGUGGAUCUGCAUGCCCCUGAUCUGGGCAGCAGUCAAAGAAACAAGAGCUAGGG